AAUAAUUGUCACAAACGACGCAAAUCAAACCACUGCAUAAAUAUUUCACCGAACUGGUUCAUAACCAGUAUUUACCACCAAGAUGAAGCUUUUAUACACCACACUAAUAUUUCAUUCGCUCAUUUCAACAUUUUGCACUAAACUACCUUCAAGUUUCAAAAAAUGUGAUUAUAAAAACCCAAACUUUAACCAGUGUUUAACUGAAGCCAUUCAAACCGCUCUGGUCCAGCUUAACCAUCCGAUGGUUGGACUACCAUCACUGGACCCUCUGAUGGUUGAAAAGUUCUCAAUAGGCGCAGGGACGGGCCCAGUGGGCGUCCAGGAAAAUUUCCAAAAUGCAAAACUUUAUGGAUUUACGAAAGGAAUUGUGCAAAAUGCAGAUUUGAGCUUAAACCCAAGUCAAAUGCACUUGAAUUUUACGAUAACGAUGCCCCAGUUUAAAAUUUUGGCCCAGUACCAGCUCGAGGGCCAAUUGCUACUGAUUCCGGUCCAUGGCAAGGGCGACGCCACCCUUUUGUUAAAGAACGUGACAGGUGUGGCCUUCCUCCCGCUGGAAAAAUACACGAAAAAAGGGCUCACUCAUUUGAGAAUUGUGGACGGAAAAGUGACACUUCCCAAAACUGAUCUACUUUACAUGAAUUUCCAAAAUCGGGAAAAUCGUAGCCAGGAAUUUUCCGAUAUGAUUAAUAAGGUGCUUAACGACAUCUGGCAAGCGAUUUUCAAUGAUGUGAAAAGUGGUUACGAGAGUUUUUUCACGGAAAUUACCGUCAGUUUAGCUGGAAAAUUUUUCGACAAAGUGCCACUCAGUGAAAUGCUCGAUAAUGUAGAAUGAGUUAAUAAAUAAAAAAGAAAAGUUGU